AUGUCAACUCGUCCAACCGGAUUGCAGCCUCCUUAUUUCACAAACGAGGGUUUGGAUUUUCGUAGUCGAUGGGGAGCUGUACCUAAAAGUGAUAGUGUCAGCUUAGCCUCCGCUAGUCCAGCACCAAAGAAUUAUACCUUAUUAACCAAAUGUAUAGCAGAAUUCAUUGGAGAUUUCACUUUCGUCUUUGUUGGAACCAUGCAAGCUUUUGUAACGCAAGGAGCAGCUGAUAACAUUCUCCAUGCAGCUCUCGCCCACGGUUUAACAAUCUUCAUACUUGUCGCCUCCCUAGGACAUAUAAGUGGAGGACAUUUCAAUCCAGUUGUAUCAUGGGCUGUUGCUAUAAACAGAAAGAUGCCAUACUAUCAUUUUCCAUUUUACAUGAUGUCUCAACUGUUAGGAGGUAUAUGUGGAGCUUUCAUGACUGCCGUUUUAAAUAAUCAUAGCCAUGAUGAAGAUCGAACAACAAUCAAAGUUGAUUACAAGUUUUCGGAAUCAAAUGGCCAUAUAGUUGGUGAACUGAACGAUGUCAUUAAUCGAACUAUAAAAGCCGUUAUGACGAAAGGUGAAUUCCAAUCAAGUCUCGGAGGAGCUACUCUUUUGAACGAAGGCAACCAGUGGUGGCAGGGAUUCCUCUCCGAGACAGUUGUCUCAUAUUUCCUUGUUCAUACGAUCCUCCUGACUGCGGUUGACACAGAUAAAAACGUUUUGGCUCCUUUAGCCAUCGGCAUGACUCUGACCAUCGACAUUCUCGCUACUGGAAAAAUUACGGGAGCUUCAAUGAAUCCAGCCAGAUCUCUCGGUCCAAAUAUUGUCAGUUCCAUUUUCUUAGACACAAAGCCAGCAGAUCUUUGGAAACAUCAUUAUAUUUAUUGGGCAGGACCAUUCUUGGGAUCCACAAUUGCAGCUUUAUGGUUCAGACUCUUCGAAUCAAGAGAAGAACGCUAUAUCAAAUAA